AUGCAGCCCGCGCCCGGGCCGGCCGCCGCCCUGGGCACGGCGCUGCUGCUGCUGCUGCUGGCCUCGGAGUCGGCGCCCACCGUGCUGCUGCGGGCGCGCGAGGCCGCGCAGUUCCUGCGGCCCAGGCAGCGCCGUGCCUACCAGGUCUUCGAGGAGGCCAAGCAGGGCCACCUGGAGAGGGAGUGCGUGGAGGAGCUGUGCAGCAAGGAGGAGGCCCGCGAGGUGUUCGAGAACGACCCGGAGACGGACUAUUUUUAUCCAAGAUACUUAGAGUGCAUCACCAAGUAUGGCUCCCCCUACACCAAGAGCCCGGACUUCGUCACCUGCGUUCAGAACCUGCCUGACCAGUGCACCCCGAACCCCUGUGAGAAGACGGGGACCCAAGUGUGCCAAGACCUCAUGGGCAACUUCUUCUGCCUGUGCCGAGCCGGCUGGGGGGGCCGGCUGUGCGACACAGAUAUCAACGAGUGCGGCCAGGACAACGGCGGCUGCAGCCAAGUCUGUCGCAACCACCCCGGCAGCUUCCACUGCGCCUGCCACAGCGGCUUCGCGCUGGGCGCGGACGGGAGGACCUGCCAAGAUGUGGACGAAUGCGCCGAAGCGGAGACCUGCGGGUCGGCGCGGUGCGAGAACCUGCCGGGCUCCUACUCCUGCCGGUGCGAGGCGGGCUACACCUACAGCUCCCAGGAGAAGGCCUGCCGAGAUGUCGACGAGUGCCAGCAGGGGCGCUGUGAGCAGACCUGCGUCAACUCCCCGGGCAGCUACACCUGCCACUGUGAUGGGCGCGGGGGCCUUAAGCUGUCCCCGGACAUGGACACCUGCGAGGACAUCCUGCCCUGCGUGCCCUUCCGCGUGGCCAGGAGCGUGAAGUCCCUGUACCUGGGCCGCCUGUUCCACCGGACCCCCGUGGUCGGACUUCGCCUCAAAAGGCUGCAGCGUGUGCGGCUGGUAGCCCAGUUCGACUUCCGGACCUUUGACCCCGAGGGCGUCCUCUUCUUCGUGGGCGGCGACCCGGACGGCACCUGGGUCCUGCUGAGCCUGCGGGCCGGGCGUCUAGAGCUGCAGCUGCACUGCCAGGGCCUGAGCCGCGUCACCAGCAGUGGCCCGGCCAUCAACCACGGCCUGUGGCAGACGGUCUCCGUGGAGGAGCUGUCGCGCAGUCUGGUGGUGAAGGUGAACGAGGAAGCCGUCAUGAACAUCGCGGUGCCCCGGGAGCUGUUCCGGCCGCACCGAGGCCUCUACCACCUGAACCUCACCAUGGGCGGCGUCCCCAUCCCCAGCAGCAGCCUCCUGCAGCCCAUAAACCCCCGCCUGGAUGGCUGCAUGCGGAGCUGGAGCUGGCUGGACGAGGAGGAGACCACCAUCCAGGAAACCGUGAGGGGCAACCCUAAGAUGCAGUGCUUCUUGGAGGUGGAGGACGGCUCCUUCUACCCGGGCACCGGCUUCGCCUUCUACAGCCUGCAGUACGCUCGCACGUCGCGGGACGUGGGGACGGACAGCACCUGGGAAGUAGAGGUCGUGGCUCGGAUCCGGCCCGCCACAGACACAGGGCUGCUGCUGGCGCUGGUGGGAGCCAACCACACUGUCGCCCUCUCCGUGGCCCUGGUGGACUACCACUCCACCAAGAAGCUCAAGAAGCAGCUGGUGGUCCUGGCCAUCGAGGACGUGCCCCUGGCCCUAAUGGAGAUCAAGGCGUGUGACGGGCAGGAACACGUGGUCACGGUCUCCCUGAAGGAGGGCGUGGCCACCCUGGAAGUGGACGGCACCAAGGGCCAGAGCGAGGUGGACGCUGCUCGGCUGCAGGAGAGGCUGGCCCUGCUUGAGAGGCACCUGCUGCAGGGCGACAUGCGCACCUUCCUCGGGGGACUGCCAGAUGUGCCGGUGACCUCGGUGCCGGUCACUGCGUUCUACCGCGGCUGCAUGACCCUGGAGGUCAACGGGAAGCUUCUGGACCUGGACGAGGCCUCAUACAAACACAGCGACAUCACCUCGCACUCCUGCCCCCCGGCUGCAGCGGCCCCCGCUCCCACCGCAGCAGGUCGGGGUCGCACAUAGCUGCUCAACAGGGAGGAAGAGGGAGGCGGCACUGUGACCCCGCCCCCGCCACGCGCACAGCUCUGCCCCGCCCGGCCUUGUAACAUACUGUAAAUACUAAGGGAUGCUUGCAGCCGCUGUCCCAGGUGGGCGGGCUGCGGAGGGAGGGGCGUGGGGCAGAGCGGAGGGAAGAUGAUUCUGUUAUUUUUAUUACCAAAUGCUUCUUUCUGACUCUAAACUAUGGACAAUAAAAUAUUUACAGAAGCCUUUUUAA